CCCCAAUAUUGCCUGAGACAUGGGCUGCUGCUUCUCCGAACCCGUAGAUUUCGACGCUGCGGUCAAUCUAUAUCACUUUAACCUCCACAGAGCGAUCGGCAAGGGUGCGUUUGGCAAGGUUCGCGUGGUCGAACAUAAGCGUACAAAGGCUCUUUACGCGCUCAAAUAUAUCGACAAGUCGAAGUGUAUCGACAAGAAGUCUGUGGCCAAUGUCAUUCAGGAGCGGCGGCUACUCGAGGAGGUCGAUCAUCCAUUUGUCGUCAACUUGCGCUACGCAUUCCAGGAUGAUUACAACUGCUAUUUUGCCCUGGACCUCAUGCUCGGAGGUGACACCCGUUUUCAUCUAAAUCAGUUGGGCUCUUUCCCCGAAGAAACUGUCCGCUUCUGGAUGGCAGAGCUUGCGUGUGCCAUUUCCUACCUUCACGACCACAAAAUCGUGCAUCGCGACGUCAAACCGGACAACAUUCUGCUCGACACCUCCGGCCACGCACAUCUGACAGACUUCAAUAUCGCGAUUCACUAUUCCGACCGGCGACUGCACACGUCCGUCGCGGGCUCAAUGGCCUACAUGGCGCCCGAGAUCAUCCACCCGAACCGAAGAGGCUACAGCUGGCAAGUGGACUGGUGGAGCCUCGGCGUGUGUGCGUACGAGCUCCUGUGGCACAAGCGACCCUUCGAUGGGAAGAGCGCCGAGAAGACGCGGGCGAGCAUCUUGAACGAUCCGAUUAGGUUGCCACCUGCGCGAACCGGAGCUGGCGUUCAGCAGCUCAGCCAGGAAGGCUGUGAUGCGAUUUCUAGGUUGCUGGACCGAAAUUCAAGGACGAGGCUCGGUUGUCGGUCCUUGGCUACGUCUCUCGAUGAUUUCAAGAACCAUCCAUGGUUCUCACGCAUCAACUGGGAGCGACUCGAGUCAAAGCAGCUCGUAUCACCAUUCGUGCCCAAUAUGGGCGUCCCCAACUUCGACGUGCAGCACGAACUUGACGAAUUUAUGGCGGUCGAGAAGCCGCUCAAGCACAAGAAGCCCGCGGCCAACCGACCAGACCCUGAACGGAUGAGGCCCGAGCUGCGGCAGCUUGAGGAGCAAUUCACGAUGUAUGAUUUCACCACGACAACCCGACGAUCGUAUUACCCGAUGAACGAGCCCAUCGUCGCCACGAAGGACGGUGAGGACGACGGGACGAUUUUGGUGCAAAGUCGGACGGGGACGAUGGAGCAGGAGAGUCGCGUGAUGGUGCGAUCGAGGCCGCCAUCACCUCAGUUCGUGAACGCGAUUGGCCACCCGAUCUCCUUCGCGAACGGCUAUCCGAACGGACCCGUGCAGCACCCCUCUCGCGCACAUUCACAUUCCCGGACGCCUUCGCAAACGUCCAGCCAUCCUUCAUCGCAGUCGCAGUCGCGCCCAGGCUCGCGACAUCGGACCGCGGAGCAGCCGAAUCGGAUGGGUCCAACGACGAGUGUGCAGCGCUAUUCUACAUGAUCUUAAUUUUAUUCCGUCGCUUUCUCGCUCUCCCUGUACUCCCAUCGCGGUCUCUCCCCCUGUACCCGUUUCCUCGUGCUCUUGCCGUCUCACAUUGUAACCUCGAACGCCUCCGUCUCUGUGCCACGCUAUAUCGUCCCGGACCCCGAAAACUACACUGUCCAUUAAUUACCCUAAUAUCGACCGUCGUCUCCCUACAUCAUCCGCGCAUAACACUGUCGAGCCCACUAUUUAUUCGUCUCUAUCUGUGUCAGUCAUCUUGGCCAACAUGAACAUGUACCCAUUCAACCGAGCGCGCCGGACCGGUCCCACACGCUUUCUCUUUCUUCGUUGCAACUUCACUUCAAUGAUCUCCUUUUUUUGUUUUUUGUUUUGCUAUAUCUAUACACACACAAAUGACUUUGUCCAUGCAUGCAUCUCUUCGAUCUUCCUUCGUCUCUUGUUGUUGUUUUUACGUCGAUCUUGAUUUUUUGGGGCUAUCUUUUGUCCUUCCUACUUUUUCUUUCUCUUUUUUUUUCUUUUGCUCGUUGCUCAUCGCACACAUUUGUUCACGGUUUCCUCGCACGCACGUUUCCAUACAACCUGCUCUCCACCCUCGCUGUAUCCUAGAUCUGUUAUUCCCAUUCCCGUUUCUCUCUUCCUUGCCCUUGCAAUUGAUUGCCCUCCGCACGUACUUACAUACUCACUAGUUAGUAGUGGUGGUGCUUUAGUACGACUUGUUUAUGACGCUCUAUGCCUGAGGGCGAGCAAAAUGAUGAUACAUAUACAUGCCAUGAACC